UUGUAUUUCUCUCUCCAUUCUUAUAAUUACAUUGCAGAGUUAAUAGCAAUAAUCAUGGCUCUCACCCGUCUCUCCUUGGCAUUCUCAUUGCUUCUACUGUCAUUGCUGGUCAUUGCUUCCGCUGGUGAUUAUAGUAAUGAUGAUUCAUCUAAAUAUGGUUUCGAUGGAAUACCAGCUGACAGCCCUCAAGCAAAGCCAGAAGAAGAAGAAAAGCCUACAAAGCCAGACUAUUACAAGCCCAAGCCGGUAGACAAAGAAAAGCCUGAUUAUGGUAGUAAACCGGAGGUCGUUAAACCAAAGCCAGAAGGAAAAGAAAAGCCUAAUUAUUGCACAAAACAAAACAUCUACAAGCCAAAACCAGAAGAAAAGGAAAAGCCUGAGUAUGGCAGAAAACCAUACGUUGCUAAACCAAAGCCAGAAGGAGAAGAAAAGCCUUACUAUGGCACAAAACCAGACAACUACAAGGAGAAGCCAGAGGAAAAGUCUGGGUAUGGAGGAGAAAAAAAGCCUGAUUAUGACACAAAGGGAUACCUCUACAAACCGAAGACAGAAGAAAAGGAAAAGCCUGAGUAUGGCAGAAAAUCAUACGUUGUUAAACCAAAGCCAGAAGGAGAAGAAAAGCCUUACUAUGACACAAAAACAGAGUUCUAUGAACCAAAGUCGGAAGAAAAGGAAAAUCUUCUCUCCGUUGGUGUUCAAGGGCUUGUUUUAUGUAAAUCAGGUUCCAAGUAUUAUCCAAUUCAAGGGGCUUUAGCAAAGAUAACAUGUAAAGCUGUUGAUAAGGGCGGGCUCGAGAAAACCGUCUCCAUUUGCAGCGGCGCAACUGAUGCAAAGGGUUACUUCUUUGCCACAUUGUCUCAUUCAGGUGUCGUAGAUAAGUUGAAGGUUAAAGAUUGCAAGGCGUAUCUCGAGAGCUCUCCAUUGAAGACCUGUAAUAUUCCCACGAAUGACAACAAAGGGAUUGAUGGUGCUCCUCUUUCUAAUUUCAGUGUUCUAAAUAAGAAGAUGAAUUUGUACUCCGUGGGGCCUUUCUUCUACACCUCCGUAGCUAAAUCAGCCACUAAUGGUUACUUUUCAAUUCAACAACUCUCUCUGAGAGAGGACAUGAGCAUGGCUCUUAAGAAUUUCUUCUUCGCAACCUUAUUUAUGCUUCCUUUGUUACUUCCGACGGCUGCUUUGGAUAGUGAUGGUGAAUAUAAACCCAACCCCAACCUUCAGAAGCCAUAUGUUGAAAAAGAAAAGCUUCUCUCCACAAUGAUUGGUAUUCAAGGCCUUGUGUAUUGCAGGUCAGGCAGUCAAUUCAUCCCGCUUGAAGGUGCUGUGGCGAGGAUAACAUGCCAGGGUGUGGAUAAGUACGGGUACGAAACAGAGUCUUUCUCCAUCUUGAGUUGUGCAACAGAUGCCAAGGGUUAUUUCAUUGCAACAGUCUCUCCUUAUGAGGUAAAAGAUAGUAGGAGGCUUAGAGAAUGCAAGGCUUUCCUUGAACUCUCCCCAUCGGAUGCUUGCGACGUUCCAACUGAUGUCAACCAGGGGAUUACUGGUGCUCCUCUUGCUUCUUACCAUCUCCUCCAUGACAAGAAUAUGAAGUUGUUCACCGUUGGACCUUUCUUCUUCAUUCCACAGAAAGACGCUAAAUCAAUCUGGCCCGAUGGAUAUUGAAAUAAUUGAGAUCGCAUGUUAACCAAACGGAAUUUGUCAAUUGUUUUUGGGAGUUGGGGUUCUAUAUAUCAAUAUACAGCAAAUUGAAUACUUUGCUGCUUUUUGCUUGACAAUUUGCUUAACUUGCUAGGAACAAUGUAAAAAUUACUACAAUUGUUUCUAAAUAUUUGAGUUGCAGCAAAGUUACUUAAAUUCAAGUCGACCACUUCCCCUUAUCCAACUAGUCACUGUUAACACGAUCAUACCUCAUGGAAAAUUAUAACCUCCACCACUUAAUUUCUUUUU